AUGUCUUCUAGUCGGGGCCAGUCAACAUCAUCGGGGCCCAUAGUACGCUGUGGACAUCUCCGUAAAAGUGGUUCCUUGAUAUCAGGGUUAAAACCUCUGAAGAAAAAGUACUUCGUAUUGCGCGGGGACUCUCCAGGGCACCCAGCAUGUCUCGAGUACUACGAUAGCAAGAAAAAGUUCGACAACAAGCAGCAGCCAAAGCGUACAAUUACCAUGAAAAGUUGCUACAAUAUUAAUCGGCGUAAUGACACCAAACACAAGCAUGUAAUUGCGCUCUACACCAAGGACGGGUGCUUUUCCCUGAUACUCGACAGUGAUAAAGAUGUCGAUGAUUGGCUCACCGCAAUGCUGCUCCUUUCCGGUGAUGUUCCUGAUGGUGAAUUACCACGUCCUACAUUCGAACACGUGUGGGAAGUUACUUUGCAAAAGAAAGGUCUUGCUGAACGGAUGAACAUAAAUGGAUCCUAUCGGCUUUGUUUGACCGAUCAUUCGCUGAGUUUAAUAAAAGCUGGGGACAAAAAAUCCGACUGCCUUGAAUUUCUAUUGACAACUGUUCGAAGAUGCGGGUGCAUGGAGCGUUAUUUUUAUAUGGAAGUCGGGCGUUCAGCAGUGACCGGUGAAGGGGAGUACUGGAUGAAAGUCGAAGACGCAAAUAUUGCUCUAAAUAUGCACACGGCAAUAUUAAACGCGAUGAGCAGCAACGCGAGCAAUCGCGACAAAGAGGAUUCAGCGUCUCUGUCAUCAAAGACACGAAUGCGAAGUUUUUCGGCGAAUGAAGCGAGCAAGCCGAUAUGUGUUCUAGGUGUUCGACGUCCCACUUCUAAGCUACACGGUUUUUCACCUUUGGAAGAGCAAACAGAUCAUGAGGAUCCAUCGGUACUUAAUGGACAUGUACUGGAUAAUAGAGAGCUGAAUUCUGAAUCAGCUACUGCUACUACAUCAAUCAGUUGUAGUCAAUCACUGAUUCACACGUCUGCAAAUUUACUUACGGGUCUGUUUUCUAUCACAGUAGUAGUUGUUUACUCCUCAUCAUUUUUAUUUCUUCGUUAUUUUUCAUGUUGCAUCACCAAUAUCAUCUCCAACAUCAACAACUACUUGUACAUCAUCAACAACAAUCAACACAAACUCUACGACAAAAUCCCAUCAGAGAACCCUGUCGCUGCCCUUAGCCGCUGUUAUCAAUCAAACGCAAUCAUCCAAAAGACCCGUCGUGACCGUUGCGACAGUCUUCCAUCGCGAGCACGGACCACCAGCGAAGGGCUCCCAACACCUCUGCUACCUCACCCGCGAACGAGCCACCUGACGCCUCACUCGACGCGUCCUCACUCAAUGUACACCCGGGGUCUAUCUUACUCGCCGCCAGUGUCAUCAAUGCCGAUAAGCCCGGCGUCUAACGCGUGUUCCACGGAUUCCGCUGGUUCCUCUCUAUCAAUGGACGACCAGACGGACAUCAUGGACGAGAGCGUGGCUGCGGGUCGGUACGGCCACUCUUUGACCCCUGACGAGCCGGUGAUCCUCGAGGAGAACAUGGACGACUACGCUCAUUGGUCAACGAGUUCCCACUUGCAGCAAAAGUACUCGCCUAACUUCAAGUCCCACUCCUCAUCCCAGCAGAGUUCCUACGUGGAGAUGUACAGCCCCUGCGGAUCCAGUCCCGGUCGUGGAACUUUGGGACCCGGUCAAGGAGGAGUCCAGAACAACCUUCCCAGGAACGGUCCCAAUUCCGGGAUCUACUGUCCCAAUUCCGGAGCGUAUUUGCCGAUGAGUCCAGGAACGGCAGUCCAUAGUCACUCUCACUCGCGAGCUUCGUCAUUAAUCGAAGAAGCGACGCUGCCUGACGGCUACGUCCCCAUGGCUCCGGUUGGCGAUGACGAGUACGUCGACAUGGACCCCGCGAACCAAAAUGGACACUCAUACCACGACGAUAUGAUGUCCCAGCACGGAAGCAGCUGCUCGGUAACUUCUGGAACGCCUAGCACUGACCUGCGCUUCAGCGAGUACCCGCUGGACAAAGUUGCCAGUUAUCUAACUCCUUCUGAGGAGGAUCCGACGAGACCAACGCGUGCCUACUCGGUGGGUUCCAGACCCGACCCAGCGAAUCGUCACCGUAAAAACCGCAUCGACAUCGCGGUCCAAGAAGCUAAUCGCGUACGUGCCUUCAGUGUCGGAAGUCGCUCAAAGCGCCCGGAACUGGGUCGUCUUGCGGCGAAUGUUCACGCACGUCUCCCUACUACUGACGGUACUGGGAACUCAAAGUCUAAUUCCGCGCCAUUGCUGUCAAGCUCUUGGGGCCACGCUUCAGGGUGCUCUGUUAAUUUAGACAGAAUGGAAGAUCUGAUGGAAAUGGACUUUUCAAGGAAUGUACCGCCUACGACGUUAUCGUCAACACCAUCUUCGUGCUCACAUUCGCACUCUCACUCGCAUUCUUAUUCCACUGCCACUGAUAACAGCUCGUACAUGGACAUGUCGCCAGGACAACCUCAUCCGUCGGUUAAUGCUCCUUAUGUUGAUAUGAGCGGUAUCAGCAAGUUAUCGGUUUUGCACACCUUGAAUAGUAUGAGUAUAUGCCGGAUGUUGUAUCGUUAUACGUCACGUCUGUGA